CGGACUAGUGACAAUUGCUUGUUGAGGUGUGGUAACGACUGCCGUUUAUCCGGUCUUCUGUGGCAUGGUUCUUUCGCUUCCGGAGUAUCAUGCCGUUCCAAAGGUUUGUGCAGUCUGGCCGUGUGGCCUAUGUGAGCGAUGGUCCUUAUCAGGGCAAACUGGUUACUAUUGUUGAUAUCAUCGACCAGAAUCGGGUUCUAGUCGAUGGUCCACUGACAAGUGUACCUCGUGGUGAGAUGAGACUCAACCAGCUGCACUUGACAAAGUUCCGUAUACGUUUUCCAUUUUCUGGCUCCACUCGUGUCGUACGCAAAGCAUGGGACGCGGCAAAUAUCAAUGAACUGUGGAAACAGACAAUGUGGGCUAGAAAAGUUGAAGCCAAAAAGAAGCGUGCGGAACUCAGUGACUUCGACCGCUUUAAGCUACGUAAAGCAAGGCAGAUAAGAAAUAAGUUGCGGACAAACGCGUUCAAUAGAUUAAGAAAGAAAACUAAAAAGGUUAAAGCUGGCGAUGCAGCAAGCAAAAGUGUGAAAAAAGCUGAGAAAGAGUAACGACCUUGAAUUAAAUACAACAUUAUUUUA